UUUAAAUGUCUGCUGCGCUGCCAGAACUAAAACCUGGUGGGACGUGAACUGGGCGAAGACACCACCGACGACUGGGUUAAUGAUGUUGUAGUAUUGGUACUAUUGAAACCAAUGCCUCGCGCUCCACGGUUUAAGGGAAAUGGCAGGCAAGAAAUCCGACGCUGAAGUGUCGGCUGUUUUGAGCAAGAUCAGUAAGAAUCACUUAGAAUGUGUCAUCUGCCACGAGAGAUACAAUGAACCCAAAAUUCUAGAGUGCCUCCACAACUUCUGCGAAAGAUGUCUCGCAACAUACCAGAAGUCUUCCGGAGAUCCUUCCAUCAUCAAAUGUCCUGUUUGCCGUAAGAAAAUGACUUUUGCUCCCGGCACUGAUGUCGUCGCUACCCUCAAGACCAACUUCCACCUCGUGAGCAUGGUUGAAGACUUCACUCUUCAAGAGCAACUCACCCAGCCAGAGGCUGAAAAGAUGAUUUGUGAGCUGUGCACCGAGCACCAAGAGGCAAAGUCCAGAUGCAUGGACUGUCAAUUCUUCAUCUGUCCAAGUUGCAAGGCCAUCCACCAACGCAUAUCUGGCAUGGCCGGUCAUGACAUCGUGGCGUUGGACACCCUACGAUCCGGUGCAGUGGGCCUCCGGAGCAAGGCUCAUGACGAGCCACCAUGUGAAAGACACCGAGGGGAGAAGAAGAGGUUCUACUGCCUGACAUGCAACCAACUGAUCUGCAGAGAUUGCACCGUUGUUGAGCACCGUGAUCCCACACACAAAUUCACUACCGUGGACGAGGCUGCAGCUCGUGGUAGGGAGACCACCAGAGGGCUGUGUCACAAAGUUCAGAAGAAUUUGAAGAUUUUUGAGGAAGCGAGCACGGAGUUAACUAAGAUGAACACGGACAUGGAAAAGUCGAUGGUCUUAGCUCGUCAGAAGGUGACCGACCAAGCUGCUAGAGAAAGGAGAAAGAUUGCGCUAAUAGAAGCGAGCAUUGCCAUUGAUAUCUCCAAACGACAGAAUAUUCAUACACAGUUAUUGUCCCAAGCCGGGGUCAAGAUCACCAGUCAGACAAGUUCUAAGACGUUGCCACCCACGAAGGAUGCGAGCGCACUGAUGUAUUCAAAACAACUACAGGAGAAGUUGGCAAACCUCGACAGCUCUCUCAGGGCGUUUGGCAACACUAUUGAGUCCUUGCUUGAAACACACGAUACACUCGAUGACUUAAGUAGCGAUUUACAAUCAGCUGCCGCACAGAAAGCCGACGAAGACAAGUCCAAGGUGGGCACCAGUUUGGACCAUCUUUUUGAUUCUAUCGAACUAAGAAAAUCCACAAUCAAAGAAGUCUGUAAGAUGACGAGCGAUGACGUACUGCAUAUGCGCCAGACCCUGGAGACGACCUCGGACGCUGUGAAGUCAAGCUCCAACGUGGAUUUUCUUAGCCUCCACCCUGUCCUGGACAGCCAUCUCCGAGUUCUUUUCGCCCAAAGCCCCCGUACGCUACCCCUUGGAUACUCAAAGAUGGUCUUCAAGAGUAGUAAUGACACAGCACUCGGUGAGAUAACUUUUGGAGGAAGUCCCACAUGGACAUUUGCGAGAGAGAUUAAACUAGACGGUGGCCGCAAAAUAAACAGCAUGGCUACUUCUUCAGAUGAUGAAAUACUCGUUUCUUCACAUGCUUACCUCCAGAUCUUCCGCACUACUGGUGACUUAGAUAGAUGGACCAAUAAACGAUUUUAUGGUGGUCUCAUAACAGCUUUCCCUGGUGGUGAUACGUUCUGUUGCAGAGUACACGUACAUGGUAUGUCUAUCCAGCUUUACUCGAACGCUUGUUCAAUGUUGAAAAGUUACGCUGUUCCUUCUGCUGUCGAGCAGGAUGGCUCACAAAUAAGCCUUGGUCAUCCGGUCAACAUGGCAUACUACAGAGAUCGAGAAAUCAUCAUCAGCUACUCUAAUUGGAAAGGGAUUAUCGUUGUCGAUACGUCCAACGGCUCCAUGGUCCGCAAGAUACCAGUUGAUAUUGAACCUGAUUUCCUUGCAUGUACCAGCAGAGGGCGCAUCCUCGUCGCUUCAAGGGAGCCUGCUCGUGUCGAGUGCUUGGACGAAAACUAUGCCAGCUCGUUCACCAUUCAUCCGACCGUGACAGGAUCGUCACAUUGGAAAAGAGUCAUCUGCUCUGGCCUUUGCCGUAACAGCUGGGACACCAUCUACGUGGCCGUAUCAAGAGAGGGCGGGAUCCACAUUCACCAGUACACAUCGUGUGGGAGCUUCAAUGGGUGUUUGUCAAGUAGUACAAUCUCCCAGCCAAUCGUCGGCAUCGGGGUGACUGGGAAUGGCACACUUGUAGUCGCUGAGCAAAACAGUAGUAAAUUGAAGUUGUUUGAAAUGCUCCAUGAAGAGGUUGCAUUGUAGAUGCUAAAGCAGAAGGAAGGUUCGAGUCCCAGUCGUGAUAGGUGUGUCCUUAAGCAAGACAUUACUUCGUCCUUCGGGUGGGACGUAAUGCCGUUGAUCCCGUGUUCUGUGUAACGCCCGUAACGCACGUAAAAGAACCCUUAGGUUUAAAUAUCUGUUUAAAAAUCUGCUUAAAAACCUGGCUUUAAUUAUCUGCUUAAAAGCAGCUGGAAAACAAAGUCUGCUUAUAAAAACAUGUUAAAAAAUCUGCUUUAAAAUAUGCUUAGAAAACCUGCUUAAAUAUCUGUCUAAAACUUUGCUUAAAAAUCUGCUUAAAAUAUCUGCUAAAAAAAACAUGCUUAAAAUCCUGCUUAAAAAACCGACAACUCAUACGUCAUUAAAGUUACUCUAAAGGGACCCAGUUUUACCCUUUCUUCCGGUCGAAACCGGAAGUUAAAGUGAGCAAAUUUAUAUUCCCAGCACUCGUUUUGAGGUCUACAAACAAAUGACGAAAUGGUAACAUGGUUUCUCUGCAUGAAGCUUGACCCCUAGGUCUUCCCAAGUAAAAAGAUGAAGCCAGUAUCUUCAACAGCACCCUCUUGUGACAACAUUUUAAAUGUACAAUUAAGUGUCACCUAAAAAUGCAUAUCUUGAGAUCCACAACUGUUAUAAUUUUAAUCUUUGCAUUUUCUGUGAGUGGUUAAUAAAUGAAAAUUAUUUAUAUUUGUUAAAGACCUGCAGCCGAUUUCACGAAACGCUAUGAUUAAUCCUGUCUCGAGAGUUAACAUAAAUCUGUAGUAAAAAAAAAGAUCUUUUAAAUGGAUUUUAUGCCCAUACUUAUAUGCUUAUAUUAUUAUUUAAUAACUUUUAACAUUAUUCAAACAUCACACAGAGUUUAUAAUUCUUCAAAUAUUACAUUUCUAGUUAUUUGUAAUGCUAAUGUAAUGUAUAAGCUCAGUUAUGAUAUCAUACGAAUGACUUCUUUGAAGUUGCUUUGAAAAAUCUUUUCGGCAAACUCAGUUUUAAAAUUUAGUAAUUCAUACACUGUAUUUUUGUACACUAUAUGAACUAGAGCUCGUUUUUGUAAACAUCGUCUUUAUUUACAGCAACAUUAUCAAUAACAGACACUAGUGAACGUUUCAGUUAAAUUCAAUGUUUACUUGUUGAUAAAACAAACACAAAAUGUUUCCAAAAAAUUUCAGUGGACUUUCACCCAAUCCUAAGUUUUGCCCUUCUGAUUUGUUAAUAACUUUGGCUACUGUUUACAACUGCCACUGUUAAUAUUUAUGAAAAACCAAUGAUGUAUUAUAUCAUGUGAGGACAAUACCGAAAUAAAUGUUUAUUGAAUUGAAUUGAAUUGAAUU